AUGAUUUCAGUAGCUUCAGUUGAUGUCUAUUAUCAAGGGAACUAUGCUGCUCAUGCUGAUGAUUGGAAGGAUAGCAUCCUGUGCAAGGUUGCAGGUAUCACUUCCGUUGUCUCCAGCGAGGCUUCGGUGUUUCUGAUAAUGAUCAUAAGCAUUGAUAGGUGUGUCCAUGUGGUGGCGCCAUUCAAACUGCAACUACACCUCUCUGUCCGUGGUGCCCGAAUAGUUGAGCUCAUCAUCUGGGCCCUCGCCGCCUUCCUUGGCAUUCUACCAACUCUUAUUCCGGCUUUUGUAGAAGGGAAGUUCUACGGUCAAUCAGGAGUCUGUCUGGCUCUACCCCUAACGGUCGACCGUCCUGCAGGAUGGCACUACUCCAUCUCCUUGUUCAUAGGUGUCAACUUCGUGGCGUUUCUGGUGACCCUCCUAUGCUACAUCUCCAUCUACUGCAUGUUUCAGAUGUCGAAGCAGCGGAUCGUCGGGAAAAGGAACAAGUCUAAGGAGGAUAUGCGAUUGGCUGAAAACAUCAAGCUGGCAUCUAGGAUGGCGCUUGUUGUUGGUACAGACCUUGUUUGUUGGUUACCAAUUAUUGUCAUGGGCUUGAUGUCAGAGAGUGGAUAUCUGACAAUUUCUGCACAGGUAUACGCAUGGACAGCAGUUUUUGUGCUACCCGUCAACUCGUCUCUUAAUCCAUAUCUUUACACUCUUGCAUCGAUUCGUCAAAGGAAGCAGAAAUCCGCUGAGAAUCGAAGCAUGAAGUACGAGGAAAAGAAUAUGGGUAAGGACUGA